AUGACAAAUAGUGAUCUUGUAUGGAACGACACUCAUACACUCAAUUCACAGAAUAAAUAUUGUUAUUGUGGGAAAGAUAGAAACCUGUUACAAGUGUCACUUCAAUGUCGCUUUUGUAAAAAUUGGUUUCAUGUCGAAUGCACUACGGUUGCUAACCCACCCAACAUUCUAUUUACUACCAAUUACACAUUUGUAUGUCGUAACUGUAACGAGAGUCACGUAGAAACCUUUGAGAGAACAACAGCAGGCUGGAAGGAGAUCUGUUCGACGACAAUUGCUAAUUUGAUCUUGGAAGAAAUUGUGUGUCGCGUGGGUAUUGAUCAUCGAGAACUAUUUGACGGUCGAAAUGCGACAUUGAUGCAAGAAUGGCGUCCAGAAGAGUAUUAUUUCAAUAAAAAGGAAAUUAUUCCAUUUGUGGAUAAGCAUUGGGCCAGUUUAUGCACAGAAAGAUCAAGGACAUCGACCUGGUGGGCUACGUUGGGUAGCUGUCUUUAUUCUUCCAAGGAUACGUUUAUUGCUCAAGACGAGAAAGAAAGAUCUGCAGGCUCCGAUUUUAGAUUAGCGGAUCCUAAUUUGUGGAAUAUAAGACCCAAUGGUUCCCAGCAUGGUAAUAAGGCACCUUCUUCAUCAUCCAGAAAGGAAAAGCGUAAAGAGCCAUCCAAGUCAACAACAACAACAACAACGACAGCAGAAAACAAAUCAAGCGCGUCACCACCCGUCCAUACAGCUAGUUCAUCACAGUCCAAUUCACCCGUGCCUUAUACCUCCAACCCAUUACCGGUUAUGUUUCCACCUGGUACAGCAAAUGCAGAUCAUCCAUUUAAUCGAUUUGGAUUUAAAUAUAUACCUUGUGAACCGUCCAUUCUGAAGCUUGUUGGCUACCAGCAAGCCGAAAAUGAAGGUGGCUGCACAAUCAGCGUACCUGAUAAAAGCCCCUACGUGUCUGUAAGCAAAGAUGGUCUGACGGUGACAACCGAUAAAGGUUUUCGCAUGUGCAGAGCUAAUGUAGGUGUAAAAGAAGGAAAUUGGUUUUGGGAGGCUGUCAUUCAAAAUGCUGCUGGUCCCUCCUGCACGGAUGGACCUCAUGUGCGCAUUGGUUGGGCUAGACGAGAAGCAUGUCUCAAUGCGCCUGUCGGUUAUGACGGUUACAGCUACGGAUAUCGUGAUCGAACAGGUGACAAGGUGUUUUGCUCAAGACCAGAAAAAUAUGGAGAAUCCUUCCAGACAGGCGAUGUGAUUGGAUUGUAUAUCUCCUUGCCGCCUAAAAAUAAAGAUCACUUCAAAAGUGCUUCAAGAAGACGUAUUCCUAUUGCAUAUAAAGAGCAUUUGUGGUUUGAAGAGAAGGAUUUCCGACCUAGCAAAGAGAUGGAAGCCUUGGCAGACCCUUAUAGGAAAGAAGAAGAUACUUACGAGCCAAAAAUACUCAAGGGAUCAUAUAUAACCAUUUACAAGAACGGUGUCAAUCAAGGCGUCAUGUUUACUGACUUGUUUGACUUUGAAGAUUUUGGACGCUUACCGCAAGCAAUGGUGGCUAAAAGAGCUAAAAAGAGAAGAAAGUUAAAGAAUAACGGUCAAAAUGAAGAUAAUCCAACAGAGCACAAGCUCUGGACAGAAGACCCUCCGAUUGAAGAUGAUGGUACAUUGGGCUACUAUCCAGCCAUCAGCGUGUUCAAAGGUGGUGUAGUCACCUGUAACUUUGGCCCUCAGUUUCAGUAUCCACCUACGGAUCAAGAAGAAAAUUGGAAACCUAUUUCUCAACGAUACGAUGAAUAUAUGGCUGAAGAGUGUGUUUGGGACCUCCUGGACGAAGUGUCUCGGUCACUGCGGCAACAAUAA